GAGUGGACGGUACCGAUGGUCUUAUUGGUGACAUUGGACCGCCAGGUACACAAGCAAUAGAACCACCAGAGUGGUCUCAACGAUUUCCAGAACAGUGUCCAUGUGAUAGCCCAGCAGGUCCCCCAGGUAGUCCAGGACUACGUGGAUCACAGGGGCCUCCAGGAGAUGCAGGAACACCGGGGACUGACGGAGCACCGGGUGAGCCUGGAUUACAAGGACCACCAGGACCACCGGGACGGGAUGGUAAUCCUGGAAUGAAAGGCUCUGCAGGUAUGCCAGGAAGACAGAUACCAGGUAAUGAAGGACCACCGGGACCACCAGGAGGACCAGGAAGACCAGGAAAUAUCGGGCCGCGUGGACCACCAGGACAACCUGGUGUAAAUGGAGAACCAGGACCAGCAGGUGAAGCAGGUCCACAAGGGCCACCAGGACCAUCUGGACCGCCGGGACAACACGGCCCACCUGGUCAACCGGGGGAGGAAGGACCGAGAGGACGUUGUGAUCACUGCCCACCUGCCCGAUUGGCUCCGGGUUACUGA